UUAUUUGACAUUUCCAGUUGUCACUAUUUGUCAACUUUGAGGUUACGAUUUUCGGUUGGAAUUGUUGGCUGCUAGAAGAUUUCGAUAGCCCCGUGAAGAGAUUUUUGGUGGUUGAACGCAAAUUACAUAACGCAGUACUAACUCAUCACAAUGUCCCAAGCUCCAGUACGUGUAUCGCCAUUGAUUAAAUUCGGCCGGUGGUCUUUACUACUUGUAGGCGUAGGCUAUGGUGCUUUCCAUCAAAACAGAUUAUCAAAGAAGGAAGCAAAGGUGCGCGAAAUCGAAGCACAACAAAAGGAGGUGCGCGAUGCUAAAUUGGCCGAAGAGAAGAAACGUGCGGCUGAUGCGGAAGCUCGUGCUCUGGCGGAACUCUCCAAGCCAACUCCAAAGAAAUAAACCAUUUCCACCCGAAGGAUUUACAGUAUAGAUUAUGCUCACCACAAUCGAAAUGAUGCGAAGUUAAUAAACAAAAUAUGUAAUGACAUCAAUUGAUUGUG